AUGAAGCCAUUGUGUUUCAAAAAAGUGAAGAGGGAGUCACGUAAGCAAGAAGUGAAUAUUUUUAAGGGCACAGAUUCUAAAGUGAUUGGCCUGAAAUUUGAUAAUAAUAAUAAUAAUAAUAAUAUUAAAGAGGGGAAACUGAAAUCAGAAGGUUUGAAAGAUCAUCUUGAGAGAAAAUACCAUGUUUGGAAUAAAGGAGUUACAACAGUUAUAGAGGAGCUUAAGCAGAGAAUAAAGGCAAAAAAUGCCAAGAUUAAGAAAUAUGAAGAACAAAACAACGAAUACAUACAAAAUACACUGUUCCAAACCAACCAAAGGCUGCUAUUUAAAAAGAUAGAAGGAGUUGAAAGGGAAAAUGACAUAAAACCUGACGCGGAUCAGAGUAAGGCAUUCUGGAGUGACAUUUGGUCGAAAGAUGUAGUGCAUAACAGUGAUGCGAGUUGGAUAAAGGAGGUCGAAAAACAGGUAGAGAAUGUAGCAAAGCAGAGUGAUGUAAAAGUUACGUUGCACAGUCUGCAGCUACAACUUCGAAGGGUUCCAAAAUGGAAAGCUUGCGGGCCUGACAAAGUACAUGGUUAUUGGCUUAAAGGUUUUACUAAGUUACACCAGUUAAUAGCAGCACAGCUUAAUGAGUGUAUAAGCACAGGCGAAAUGCCGACAUGGAUGACCAGAGGAAGGACAUGCCUAAUUCUCAAAGACGUGAAGAAAGGAAGUGACGUUACCAAUUUUAGACCCAUAACAUGUCUACCACUUAUGUGGAAGAUAUUGGCGGGCAUUGUUAGUGAAUCAUUAUAUCACCAUCUCGAAAAUGAAAAGUUAUUGCCAGAAGAACAAAAGGGAUGCAGGAAACAAAGCAGAGGAACCAAAGACCAACUAAUGAUUGAUAAAAUGGUCAUGAAGAAUUGCAGAAGAAGAUUAACAAACUUGUGUGUUGCUUGGAUUGACUAUAGAAAGGCUUAUGAUAUGGUUCCCCACUCCUGGAUACUUGCAUGCUUGACCAUGUUUAAUGUAGCAGAUAACAUUCACAACUUGAUAAGAAAGUUGAUGAGAUCUUGGACUGUCGAAUUGACAUCGGAAGGAGAAAUGCUCGAUGAGGUCAAGAUAAAGAGAGGAAUCUUCCAAGGAGAUAGUCUCUCGCCUCUUCUUUUUGUAUGGGCUAUGAUUCCAUUAUCCAUGGUCCUGAAAAAAAUGAAGGCUCGAUAUACGUUAGGCUGA